CUUUGGAACAGCCGCUACAUUUACAGCGUAGAAGGAGGUGGGAGGGGUUUCAUCAGUGGAACAGCCGCUCCAGGAAGACAUCCCCCUCCCCUUCUGACUUUCUGAUGAAAUCUCGGAGCCACGGAGCCACGGAACUACCCCCGGUCCGGACGAAACUUUACUCCGGUUCCGCCUGAGUCAGUAUUAACGCCGCUGGGAGAAGUCGACAUCCACCAGUGCCCGAUUAAUGAGCGGAUCAGCGGCGAUCCUGGACAAAAUAUUUGAAAUUGUCUACUUCCGUCUUCGCUAACCGUCGGCUAAUUAGCCGCCUGCUAACUAGCCCUGCUAAGCUACCCGCUGAACCGGAGCUACCUUUUCCCCGGAAACUAAACCAGACAGCAUGGCCCGAUUCCCGUCCUCACUCCUGGAUCUGUCUUCACGUCCUGGCUCCAGUGUCUCCUCCGGCUUCAGUGUCUCCUCCGGCCCCUCUCCCGUCCUCUGCUCCGGCUCCGGCUCCACCACUAGGAAGAAGUCCCACCACGGUUCCCAGCGAGGCGGACUCACGGACAAUAUUUCCUGGAUUCCCUGUGGAGGUAAUCGUCCCCAUGUCUUUCGGUCCGUGUAAGGACGAGGACUCAGAGGACCGUGUGAGUGUCGGUGGACGCGGGGACAGUCGCUGCUGUUGGGCUGAACCGGAGCCGGAGCCUCGGAGGUUUGACAGCUGUCAGAUUAGCAGCUAACAGGCUAACAGGCUAACCGCAGACAUCUGUCCGCCAAUUCGACCCUGAUCCAUAAGUUUAAUUUUGCACUUUACGUUGAGGAAAUGUUAAGAAAUAUGAACACAGAAGAACAUUUAUGUGGCGGCCAGAGCUCGUCCUCCUCCGCCGGGUCCAGAGGCGCCUCUGCCGGACUGGACAGCCACGAAAGCUCGUGGAUCGGGCUGCUGUCUAGGCCUGCGCUGUCUCUGCUGCACAGACUCAUGCCGGGUCGGUCCCCGGCACCAGGACCAGGACCAGGAGGCUCCGGGUGGCUGAGCGAGGAUGUUCAGAGCAUCCUGCCCCAACAUCUGACCUACCUGCGGUGUCAGCCUGACGGAGCCCCCGGCCUGGAGCCCAGGGCCGGGGGCUCCGUCCCCUGGAUGACCCCCAGUGCCCUGCAGGAGCUCGGCCUCCAGGAGGAAGACGUGAACUUGAGGAUCUGUCAGCAGACACAGGGGGGGAACCUGUCCUCCAUCAGGGCCAUCCUCAGUCAGGUUCUGCUGAGUUCUCAGGGAAGCAGAUCCGGGAAGGACGGCAGCGCCUGGGCCAAUGGAGGAGCUGAAGGCCGGCCGUGGUGGGGCAGCAUGUGGGGAGAGGAGGGGGCUCCGGGGGCCGGCCGGCUUUGUCUACAACCAGAGACUGACACAAAGAGCCCGGCUGGCCCCCGGGAAUCGACUCUGGGAGAAACCUCUGGAGCUGCCCAACAAAAAGAUGAUGCGGCCCCCGGCAGAGGCCUCCAGAGCAACCAGGGGUCCACGGCAGAGCCCCCCCAGAACAACCAGGGGUCCACGACAGAGCCCCCCCAGAACAACCAGGAGUCCACGACAGAGCCCCCCCAGAACAGCUCGGGCGUCCAGGUCUCCAGCCCCGAGCAGGACAAUGGUUACUCCAGCCUGGAGGAGGGACACCUGCUGAGAAUGAAGGCCGACACCCCCGAGAUAACAGAGGAAGAGACACCUGAGGAGGAGGAGGAGCAGGAGGAGGAGGAGGAGGAGGAGGAGGAGGCCGUGGAGCAGGAGGAGGAGGUGCUGCUCUCCACCCCCCAGUGUCAGAACAAAGCCAUCGCCUUCAUCAUGGGCUGCCCCUGCAGCGAGGACGAGUCUGAGCCCCGGUCCAGUGAGGAGGAGGAGGAGGAGGAGGAGGAGGAGGAGGAGGACGACGAUGGUUUUGACAGUGAGGGCUCCUCUGAUCUGUCCGACUCCUCGGACCAUGAAGAUGAAGAUGAUGAAGACGACGAAGACUCGGAGGCCGAGCGUCUCUGGACGUCCCUGAGUCGAAGUCUGGACCCGUACAACCCCAGAAACUUCACAGCACGGCUCAACACGGGCUCCGCCGGGCCCCGGACCCCCCCCACCCCUACACCGCCCUCCUCCAUCCAGUCCACUCCUGCCUCCACACCCCCCACCUCCUCCUCCUCGCCCCCCCCCUCCGGCAGUGACGUCUGGGACGACUCUGCGUCGGCCAGCGAGGUGGACGAAGCUGAGAGCCUCCGCCUCUGGACCUCCUUCAGCUCCUCCUCCGACCCCUACAGCCCCUUCAACUUCCAGGCUCCUCUCAGGACUAGGCCGCCCCCCCCCAGAACCAAGGCCCGGGCCAAGAAGGGUCCCCAGGCCGCCCCCCCCUCAGCCUUCCCACCUGAGUACAGGAGGGAGGAGGCGGAGGAGAGACUGGACAGCGGCUUCUCUGAACCCUGCAGCUCCACCCAGACCUCCACCAAGAAGGUCCGUUUCUGUGACGACGUGGAGGAGUUCUUUGUGAGCUGUGGGGAGGAGGAGGAGCAGGAGGACCGGCGAGGUCCCUGGGAGGAGCUGGCCCGGGACCGCUGUCGAUUCCAGCGCCGCUGCCAGGAGGUGGAGCAGAGCAUCGGCUACUGCCUGCAACCACAGCACCGCCAAAGGGUCUACCAGAGCCUCAGCGCCCCCCCGAGGACGGAGGACGCACUGCACCCGUCCAGGGAGACGUCAUGAGAGACUGAGUGUGAGGGGUGGUGCGGAGGUAUUAAUCAGCCAUUAACGGGGUAUUAAGGAUCUGAAGGGCUUCACUGUGUGUUAAUCUGGUUCAUUGUCUCAGAGGAACAACCCUGAGUUUAAACUUCAUUAAUUGAUUAACGAGACUCACCUGAGCCGAUCAGCUGAUCACACGACCCGGUGAGUCCGUUUCUCUGUUGGAAGCCAAAGAUGCUAAGGGUGUGGGUGUGUGCUGACCGGUCCCAGACCCGGUCCCAGACCUGGACCCAGACCUGGACCCAGACCCGGUCCCAGACCUGGACCCAGACCUGGUCCCAGACCUGGACCCAGACCUGGACCCAGACCUGGACCCAGACCUGGACCCAGUGUUAGAUGAAAUGAUCUCAGACUCCAGAGUCUUUGGUUUUAAAGCUUUUUAUUUUUCUAACUGCUUCAUCAUCAUCUUCAUCAUCUCGUCAAUAAAAUCAGUAUUUAAUGA